CGAACAUUUUCCUUCUAACUAGAUUUAUUUCUGUGCUCUAGUGAAUUGAAAACUCUAAUAUGACUCGAGUGAAGUAGGUAAUUGAUUCUAGUGACUCAAUUCACAAAUCCUUCUCGAGUCGCAUCACUUUUAAAUUAACUAAUUUAAAAUAAAUAACUCAAACUUAAAAUGAAAUGUCAAAUUUAUACAACUUUUCUGACAGAUAAUGCUCAGCAGAUGACAUGAUGAGGAUUUCAACGAUACCACCUAGGAAACGAUACUUUGAAAAUGGCAAGUCGGCAAAAUGCCACGGGCCCCCAACUGGAAAGGGCCCCCGGUCAGAGGAGACUCCUUACUCCUGACAUUUAUUAUUACGCAAUUAGAAAAAAAAUGAAUAUCCGUUGCCACGGGCUUCAAACGGUAUAGUUAAGGCACUGACCAUCGUCAUCAUUCUAUAAAUUUUUAGAGUAGAUUUGAUGCUAUUGAUAUAGCUAUUAUCUGUUUAAUGAAGAAUGAGAAGUAGGUAGACAUAAAAAGUGAUGCAUAUAGAAAGUAUUUAGUAUGUACUUAGUUAGGUAUUCCUUCAAAAUUAUGCUGGUGGUGCCCCCUCUAGAUAGAUCUCCAACUACAUAAAAUUAGUAAGGGAAUGCUUUGUCAUACAGGGACAAGAACGCUGCGCCUGUGGCACUUCGUCAUAAGAUAGAUUUUAGACAAGGCUGUAUGGGCUUAGUACCCUUUGCCUUCCCCCCCUAAUGGAAUGGGAAAAUUGCAAAAAAAAUCUGCUAUUUAUUAUGUGUGUGUUCUCUCUCUGUUUGCAAUAGAAGUCGUUUGUACGCCGGUGUUAGUUGUAAUUUCACUUAGGUUUUAUCUUUAUGUGAGUAAUGAAUAUCGCGACAGAAAUUUAUUAGUAUACAUAAGUAUAAAAAAAAAUUUUUGCCUAUAAAUUUAUUUAUACAAUGGAAAAUGCAAUGGAGAUACAAACUGCAGAGGGGAACCUUUUGGAACAGCCGAAAGAAAUGAAUAUGCCCAAUCGCAAUCCUCUAAUAAAAAUGCGUACAUAUGUAUUAGCCCUACGACCAUGGUCUUUGAGCGCCAGCCUGCUGCCGACGUUGCUUGGUGCCGCACUUGCUUAUCGUCUGCCCGGCGAUAGCGGCUUUAGUUGGGCCACAUUGAUGCUGACGUUGUGCACUGUGGUACCUGUCCAUGGAGCUGGAAACGUUGUCAAUACAUACUUCGAUUUUGUCAAGGGUAUAGACAACCGUAAAUCCGAUGAUCGAACUUUGGUAGAUCACAUCUUGACAAUUGAUGAAGUGGUAUCUUUGGGGGCAAUUCUGUAUCUAGCUGGAUGUGUUUGUUUUGUCCCCCUUGUAAUACUUUCACCUGCUAGAAUGGAGCAUCUAGCUUUGGUUUACUUUGGGGGACUAUCCUCAUCAUUUCUUUAUACAGGAGGUAUUGGAUUGAAAUACAUAGCCCUAGGUGAUAUAUUAGUUUUAGUCAUAUUUGGCCCUGUGUCUGUAGUGUUUGCAUUUUUAGCUCAAACUGGUAGAGUAGACUGGCCUAUAAUUUAUUAUGCUGUACCUCUUGCUUUAAACACUGAGGCUAUUUUACAUAGUAAUAAUACUAGAGAUCUCGAAACUGAUAGUAAGGCUGAAAUUGUUACUUUAGCAAUACUAAUUGGGAGAACAGCUUCUUAUUUGCUGUAUGCAUUUUUACUGUUCACUCCAUAUAUAAUGUUUGUAGUGGCAUCAGUUCGUUGCUCUUUGUGGUUUUUAUUGCCUAUGCUAACAUUACCAAGAGCAUUUGAAAUAGAGAGGAGAUUUCGAAGUGCAGAAACAAUGAGGUAUGUGCCUCGGCAAACAGCUAGAUUAAACUUCUAUUUUGGUAUGUUAUAUGUUAUUUCUUGUCUCUUUGGCAGUAAACUUCCAUUUCUUCUACGAUAGAAUACAGAAUUUUAAUAACUUUAUAAAAUAUAUAUAUGUUGCAGCCAACUGGUUUAACAUCUGUUCAAUUGGACGGCUAGCCAUUUAAUUGAAUGGUGUCAUUUAAAUCAUUAUUACAUUUGGACCGUUCAACAAGAAAGCUGAUUUAAAAGCCGCCAAAACAAUUAUUUAGUUUUAAUAUAUCUUAAAGAAAAAUAACUUAAUGUUGUUAAAUCUUAAAGUUCUGGUUACAAUUUAGAGAAUUGAAAAGUGAAGGAUUUUUUUUUGGACUAAUGGUAAAUGGUCAUUUCACAUGACCUACAAGACCCAAAUUACUUUUUGUUUAUUAUUUUAUGUUGUUAUUAACUAUUGUAGCACCAAGUUUCGAAAUUGUAAUAAACAUAGUAAAACAAUCGUAGUCAAAUA